AUGGAUUAUCCCAAAAUGGAUUAUUUUCUGGAUGUGGAGUCUACUCCUAGACUCUUGGACGUUGAGUCGGCUCAGAGAUUCUUCUACAGCCAAGGAGCUCAAGCUCGCCGGGCGACCCUGCUCCUGCCUCCCACCUUAAUGGCGGCAUCUUCGGAGGACGAUAUAGACCGGCGGCCCAUCAGAAGAGUCCGCUCCAAGAGCGACACGCCGUACCUCGCGGAGGCCAGGAUCUCCUUUAACCUGGGGGCAGCGGAGGAAGUGGAGAGGCUGGCGGCCAUGCGAUCUGACUCCCUCGUCCCAGGUACCCACACCCCACCCAUCCGGAGGAGAAGUAAGUUUGCCAACCUGGGGAGGAUCUUCAAGCCUUGGAAAUGGAGGAAGAAGAAAAGUGAAAAGUUCAAACACACGUCUGCAGCCCUGGAAAGGAAAAUAUCCAUGAGGCAAAGCAGAGAGGAGCUGAUAAAACGAGGGGUCUUGAAGGAAAUCUAUGAUAAAGACGGGGAGCUCUCCAUAUCGAAUGAAGAUGACUCCCUGGAAAAUGGGCAGUCCCUGAGCUCCAGCCAGCUGUCUCUGCCUGCCCUGUCCGAAAUGGAGCCAGUCCCAAUGCCCAGGGAUCCCUGCUCGUACGAGGUGCUCCAGCCUGCCGACAUCAUGGAUGGGACAGUGUCCGAAGAGAGUCCCUCUGCCAGUGAGUCUGGAGCCCUCCUGUCCCAAGAUCCUUCAGCCAAACCAGUCCUGUUCCUGCCCCCCAAAAAACCUGCUGCUUCCCCCGGAGACCACGAGGACACCCCCGUGAAGCAGCUCUCUCUCCUCAAGCAGCCCCCCGCCCUGCCUCCCAAACCCACUGCCAGGAUUGGCAACCACUUACCAGAUCCUGGUGCCCCCGUGAAAUUGCCUUGCUUGCCAGUGAAGCUGUCGCCUCCGCUACCUCCAAAGAAAGUCAUGAUCUGUAUGCCUGUGGGGGGGCCGGAGCUUUCCCUGGCGUCCUACGCUGCCCAGAAGAGUGGCCCGCAGGGCGGGGCCCAGCACCACCACACCGUCCUGCCCUCCCAGAUCCAGCAUCAGCUGCAGUAUGGCAGCCUGGGCCAGCACCUGCCCUCCGCCACCGGCUCCCUGCCCCUGCACCCCUCAGGCUGCAGGAUGAUCGAGGAGCUGAACAAAACGCUGGCCAUGACCAUGCAGAGGCUGGAAAGCUCUGAGCAGCGGGUCCCCUGUUCUGCUUCUUACCACAGCUCUGGUUUGCACUCGGGUGACAGUGUCACAAAAGCAGGGCCUCUGGGCCUUCCGGAAAUCAGACAAGUGCCAACUGUUGUGAUUGAAUGUGAUGACAAUAAAGAAAAUGUGCCUCAUGAGUCAGACUACGAAGACUCUUCUUGCCUGUACACAAGAGAAGAGGAGGAGGAGGAGGAAGAGGAUGAGGAUGACGACAGUUCAUUGUAUACCAGCUCCCUGGCCAUGAAGGUGUGCAGGAAGGACUCCUUAGCCAUCAAGCUCAGCAACAGGCCCUCCAAGCGAGAGCUGGAAGAAAAGAACAUCCUUCCCCGGCAGACGGAUGAGGAGCGACUGGAGCUGCGACAGCAGAUUGGCACCAAGCUCACCAGGCGACUGAGCCAGAGGCCGACUGCGGAGGAACUGGAGCAGAGGAACAUUUUGAAACCUCGGAAUGAACAAGAGGAACAAGAGGAGAAGAGAGAGAUCAAGAGGAGGUUAACUCGAAAGCUCAGCCAGAGGCCCACAGUGGAGGAGCUUCGGGAACGGAAGAUCCUUAUCCGCUUCAGCGACUACGUGGAGGUGGCCGACGCUCAGGACUAUGACCGCAGGGCUGACAAGCCCUGGACCCGCCUCACUGCUGCCGACAAAGCUGCCAUUCGGAAGGAGCUCAACGAAUUUAAAAGCACUGAAAUGGAAGUUCAUGAAUUGAGUAGACAUUUAACAAGGUUUCACCGACCUUAACAGUCGAAUUCCUCUUGAGUGCUAUGCUGUCUUCAAAACAUAAAUUUAUAAGAACCAUAAGUGCUGGUAUUUAUUCACUUCCCCAUUACGAUGUAAAUCUUAUGAACUGCCUU